CCGGCUGUCGGCGGCCGGCGGGCAGGCGACUCCUGUCCCGAGUGGAGGCGGCGGAGCCGGAGCCGGGGGAGGGGACAGCGGCUGUGUCUGACGGAUCGCGGCAGCGUCCGCAGCUCCUCAUUGGUACCCACGCCGCCACUCUGCAAGCACACGCUGGCCCUGCCAGGCGCGCCCUCCCUUCGCCGCACCGCCACUCCCAGUCACCCGGCACCCGGUGCCCGCGCCCGGGACCCUCUCUGCUUUCCCUCUCCUCCGCACCUCGGGGUGGGGGAUCUGGCCCGGCUCCUGCUGCAGGAGACGGGUCUUGCUGGGCCGGAGGAGGCGGCUUCCAGAGCGGCCGCGGCUAGCCGGGCACCCGCGGAGCGACCCGAGGAACAAGGAGACCAGUGCAGGCCCAGUGGCCGUGAUGGGGAAGGAUUAUUACAAGAUUUUGGGGAUCCCGUCGGGGGCCAACGAGGAUGAGAUCAAGAAAGCCUAUCGGAAGAUGGCUCUGAAGUACCACCCGGACAAGAACAAAGAACCCAAUGCUGAGGAGAAGUUUAAGGAGAUUGCCGAGGCCUACGAUGUUCUAAGUGAUCCCAAGAAGCGGAGUCUGUAUGACCAGUAUGGGGAGGAAGGCCUGAAGACUGGCGGUGGCACAUCAGGUGGCUCCAGCGGUUCCUUUCACUACACCUUCCAUGGGGACCCCCACGCCACCUUUGCCUCCUUUUUUGGUGGCUCCAACCCCUUCGAUAUCUUCUUUGCCAGCAGCCGCUCCACUCGGCCCUUCAGUGGCUUCGACCCAGACGACAUGGAUGUGGAUGAAGAUGAGGACCCAUUUGGCGCGUUUGGCCGCUUUGGCUUCAAUGGGCUGAGCAGGGGUCCAAGGCGAGCCCCAGAGCCUCUGUACCCUCGGCGCAAAGUACAAGACCCCCCUGUGGUGCACGAGCUGCGUGUGUCCCUGGAGGAGAUCUACCAUGGUUCCACGAAGCGCAUGAAGAUCACGCGGCGGCGCCUCAACCCCGAUGGGCGAACUGUGCGCACGGAGGACAAGAUUCUGCACAUUGUCAUCAAGCGCGGCUGGAAGGAAGGCACCAAGAUCACCUUCCCCAAAGAGGGGGACGCCACACCCGACAACAUCCCUGCUGACAUCGUCUUUGUGCUCAAAGACAAGCCCCAUGCUCACUUCCGCCGAGACGGCACCAACGUGCUCUACAGUGCCCUAAUCAGCCUCAAGGAGGCGCUGUGUGGCUGCACCGUGAACAUUCCCACCAUCGAUGGCCGUGUGAUCCCUCUGCCCUGCAAUGAUGUCAUCAAGCCUGGCACCGUGAAGAGACUCCGCGGGGAGGGCCUUCCCUUCCCCAAGGUGCCCACCCAGCGGGGAGACCUCAUCGUUGAGUUCAAAGUUCGCUUCCCGGACAGAUUGACACCACAGACCCGACAGAUCCUUAAGCAGCACCUGCCCUGUUCCUAGGCUUAGUCCCCCACCCAUCCAGAGUCUACCACAGCAAUACCCCCCCCCCACUCACCCACCCAGUGUGCACCCAGUUUCCUGGUCACUGGACACUGGCAACAUUUUUCUAACAUGCAAAAAAAAGAAAAAAAAACCAGAAAAA